AUGGCUGCCUCUGAGAAGCUCCAGGGCGACUCACUCGAAGCGGCGGGACCCGGUCCGGGCGAGUCACUCAGUCGGACGACCAGAAAAGCAUUAGCUAAGAUCUCGGACCGUCCUGCGCCCGACAAGGCUCGCUUUCUUCUCUUCAAUGGCUUCUUCGCUUCAACUUUGAUACUUCUCCACGUCGGCUUCCAGAUCCUGCCGAGUCCGUUCUGGUUCUUCGGCUCUACACAGCAUAUCUUCUGGCGGAGCAUCUUGCACACCAAGACAAUGUUCGCACAGUUGCUCAUCUAUAUCUCGCAAACCUUUGGCCCCACAAAGAUCAUCUUGACGUCCGAGGGCAAAGAUCUCGACCUGUCGGCGAUCGUCAAGCGCGACGCAAAGGGCAAAGUCAUUCACCUGACGCUGCCCGAACGAUCUAUCAUUCUCGCGAACCAUCAGGUCUAUUGCGACUGGUCAUAUAUAUGGAAUCUGCUCUACUUUGCCGAGCUUCACAACGCGAUCGUCAUCAUCCUCAAGAAAUCACUCAAAUGGAUCCCCAUCGUCGGACCAGCCAUGCAAAUGUUUCAAUUCAUCUUCCUCUCCCGAAGCUGGGAUGCGGAUCAAUCUGUACUCAAGCGACAGAUUGGCAAGAUGGCUGCCAAGGCUCAGGAAUCAUCAGAGCCAUUGUCGCUCCUCAUAUUCCCAGAGGGCAAUUUGGUCAGUCAACUGUCCAGACCGAUUAGCAAGAAAUACGCAGACAAGAGCGGCAUUGCCGAUAUGAAGCAUCAGAUCCUGCCACGGUCGACCGGCUUGCUUUUCUGUUUGCGAGCGCUUGCCAAAGAAGUUCCGAGUCUCUCCGUCAUCGAUAUCACGAUUGGCUACGAAGGUAUCCCAGAGGGGGACUACGGACAAGACUAUUACUCGCUCCAGAGCAUAUUCGGAGCGGGACAAUCGCCCCCAGCAGUUCACAUGCAUGUGCGGACGUUCAAGGCCAGCGAGCUACCGCUCGGUCACGACUUGACAGAAGCAGACCACGCCACGCCGGAAGAGCGAAAGAUCUUUGAUGAUUGGGUCCGCAGUCGAUGGCAAGAGAAAGACCAUCUUCUCGGUCGUUUCUAUGCGAAGGGUAGCUUCAUAGAAGGCAAACGAGGUGUCUCAAAGGUGACAGAGGCGUACGGUCCGAUAUCUAUACCCAUCGAAGCAAAGACAAGCAAAGACACCAACAUCUUACUGGGCUCCUGUAUUCCCGGAGCGAUCAUGAUUGCCGCUUUGACAAAGUAUCUCAUCUAUGGCUUCUAG